GUUAUCGAACCUGGAGGUCGUGUAGGGAUAGUGGGGGCAUAAUUGGCUAUAUUAGCUCCAGUCUCGGAGGCACAACAAAUCAUUCGCAAAUAUGAAAGCCACUGGAACUAUUGUUGAGGUGUUCGCUUUGUUGUGUCUUAUACAGACAUGUUGUGCAUGGAAGAAGUUCACCAGUCUCAGUGUGAAAACCAAUGCCUUUGGUAUAGACAAGCAGGAUGCCUUCUACGAGAUACCAAGCGGUACGAACAACCCAGCAAUGAAAAAUUUCGUGAAAGUCAAUCCAGAGCCGAGUUUCAAAUUUCCUUUGGAGUUCUACUGUAAUCCUGGAGACCCCAGAGUGUGCUUUAUGUACGACAAGAAAGGAAACAUUGCUGGUGUACAAAUUUCGGUUUUAAAGUCUGAUGUGGCCCACAUCAACAAAGAAGAUUACGACUACGAAUCUAUUGGAGAAUACGUUAAGACAAAUUUCUUUAAUAUUCCUGCCUACUCCAGCAGAGUGUUCUUCACUAACCCCGAAAAAUUGACUGAAAAAGGUCGUCAGAACACAGAAGAGAUAGCGGAAGGCCUCUGGGCAUACUUGGACGGUAAAUUAGUUGAGAUCCAAAGGAAGGAACCCACUGGUCCAAAAAUGGGAGACUUCGACAGGCAGGGCUGCUAUCCUGCAAUGGGACAACACUACAUCUACAAGUACAACAAGGAUUCUUCCUGCAAAGACCACUAUUCCUUAUUCCCACUCUACGAACAAGGAGGUCUUGUUGGCUACGGAUUUUCUGCCCCUGCGAAAUAUUCUAAACUGAAGGCUGAUUGGUACGAGAAACCAACCGGCGAAGCAAUGAAAGUGAUUCUUACAAACCCACCGAAAUGUUCUAGUAACGCUGGAUCGAAAUAUAGUUACAUCUCAUUACAUGUUUUCUUAGUGGAUAGGCCAUGGAACAUCUCCUGCCCUUGAUGAAGUUAGAAAAUUGAUAACCGAUUUCAAAGCCGUUAAGUUAAACUACGAAUGCAACAAAUCAAAUAAAUAUGAAUGAAUCCUAUACUGGCUUAUGCU